CUCCGACGAGCCGCGGUUCCUUUCUGUUUUCGUGAGUUCCGAGGGCCAACCUCAGCCCUGGAUUUAUAUCCGUUCACAACGACCGAACCAUCACUUCAACCACUCAAUUUUGCGGAGAUUGAUCUGCUCAUCUCGUCAACAUGCUCACACCGAUUUACAGACAUGCCUUCAGGCCUUUGGCGUCAAGCGCUCGCUCUGCGACCAUCGGAAGGCGGCACAUGACCACACCUGUGUCGUUCGAUUGGAAGGACCCUCUGAAUGCGAACAGCUUGCUCACGGAGGAGGAGCAGGCUAUCUCGGAGACAGCGGAGUCAUACUGCCAGGAGCGUAUGCUUCCAAGAGUGCUUGAUGCAUACCGCAACGAGGAUUUUGACAGAAAGAUCAUUGAGGAAAUGGGAGAGUUGGGAUUACUGGGUGCAUCAAUCAAGGGCUACGAAUGCGCUGGGGUCAGCAGUGUAGCUGCUGGUUUGAUCACAAGAGCAGUCGAAAGGGUAGAUUCAGGGUACCGCUCUGGUUACUCAGUGCAAAGCUCGCUUGCCAUGGGUGGUAUCGAAGAGUUUGGUACUGAGGAGCUGAAGGAGCGUCUUCUCCCCCAAAUGGCAAAAGGGAAGCUGCUCGGGUGCUUUGGUCUGACCGAGCCCAACCACGGCUCAGAUCCAGGAUCUAUGGAGUCCAUUGCAAAGCCUCACCCAUCUAAGGAAGGUUACUACUCCUUGUCCGGCUCGAAGACAUGGAUCACCAACUCGCCUAUCGCCGACGUCUUCGUUGUGUGGGCCAAGCUGCAGGAGACAGGCAAGAUACGUGGCUUUGCUAUCGAACGUAAGGACUGCCCACCUGGCACCCUCGAGACACCAGCCAUCAAGAACAAGAACGGUCUGAGGGCUUCUAUCACCGGUAUGAUUCAAAUGGACGAGGUUCCCGUGCCAAAGGAAAACAUGUUCCCAGAUGUGGAGGGUCUAAGGGGACCAUUCAGCUGCCUAAACUCCGCGAGAUACGGCAUUGCUUGGGGAACCAUAGGUGCUCUGGAAGAUGCCAUUGCCAGGACUCGUGAGUAUGCUUUGGACAGAAAGCAGUUCAAGGGCAAUCCAAUUGCUAAGUACCAGCUUGUGCAAAAGAAGCUGGCAGAUGCAACCACAGAUGCUGCCUACGGUAUUUUGGCUGCUUACCAGGUAGGAAGGCUUAAGGAUGAGGGCAAGGCCGCCCCCGAGAUGAUCUCUAUGAUCAAGAGGCAGAAUUGCGACCGCGCACUGAUCAACACCCGCACGCUUCAAGAAGUGUUUGGUGGAAAUGCAGUGUCUGAUGAGUACGGCAUUGGCAGGCACGUGGCGAACCUAUUUGUUACACAAACAUAUGAGGGCCAGAGUGACAUCCACUCUUUGAUCCUCGGUCGCGCCAUCACGGGCCUUCAGGCAUUUUGUUAGUUGUACAACACGACGUUUCAAGAGACAGCGUCAGUUCACGGAAGACCUGCGGGCAGCACAGAGAACGUUGUGACAGAACCCUGAUAGAAUAGCCCGAACAUGGAGAUCGAGUAGCCAAUGAAGUCGAACUCAGACUCAGCCUUGUGCCCUUUCAGAAGGCCCUGCAUACUGUGUCA